CGAAAAACAGUGUAGUAGAACGGAGUACACCCCUAAUAUAUAAAGGCUCCCGACAAACACAAAGCUACCUCCCGUCCCCUAGUCCCCAGUACAACUCCUCCACUCCGCUGAUAAAGUGCCAAGAACCUCAAAAUAAAAGAUGGACAACCUGAAGAAUCACGUUGGUUCUGUGAUCACGCAGGUCCAGAAGCUCAUUACGGAUGGCAAGGUCCCGUCUCCCCAGCAGUUAGAGGCGUACACCCAGAAAGUGGUAAAUCAACUCCGGGACUUGACCCAGCGCGCUCCGGCCCACAUCAAGGACACGCUGAGCACGCCCUGGAUAGGCGACUAUGACUUCAAGAACAACUGCGCCCUGCCCGACGUGGUUUUCACGGCGGAGAAAUUGCUCGACAUACUACAGGAUUUAAAAAGAUCACUCGAAGACGCACCCAAGGCCACGACCACGAGCAAUACGGCCGCGGCCAACCCGGUCGUGCCAAACAGCGCGGAUUUGAGUAUGCCCACGAAACUGGGCGCGGUCACUUUGGUACCCAAAGCCGGCGCGCCACAGAUGCUCAAAAAGCCGGACGCAAACACCUCCGCGCCGACUAUAACGAAGUCCACCGGCCAGGAGACGCAGCGCCAGGUCCUGCAGGGCAAACCCCAGCAGUUCAAGAAGCCGGGGAGCUGGCAGCAGGACCUCUCAGGAGGCUCGGGGUCGGGCGUGAAGACGCGGCGGGACGACGCGCCGCCGGUCUCCGAGGCAAGCAAACGCAUGCCGACCUGGGAAAAGAAGGAUUUGAUCCUUUCCGCAAUCAGACGGAACCGCGUCACGGUGAUCUCCGGAGACACCGGGUGCGGUAAAUCUACACUAAUCCCGCAGCUCGUUUGCGACGCGGUCAAUUUAGUUCCUGACGACAAAGUGGUGGUCUGUACACAGCCAAGGCGAGUAGCGGCCAUUACUCUACCAGAAUACGUCGCAAAGGACCGAGGCCAGACGCUGGGGGAUGAGGUAAGUAGUUCUAUAAUUGUGAUAUAUGAAAAAUGCUGGUGUCGAUGUUUGCAGAGUGAAACUGCAUUUGAGAAUCAGGAUCUCAAUAUAGGACAGAAUUCUGCUUCAAGCCAUUUGUGUGUCAAGCUAAGCAGUAUAGUAGAGUGAAUCAAAAUCCAUGAAAAUGAAAUACAAACAUCUCAACCACCACGACAAUCAACCACAGGUCGGUUACCAAAUUCGUUUCGUGAACGAAUUUAGCGAGCACACCCGCCUUAUCUACGCCACCACGGCGAUUGUCCUCCGACGUCUUCACUCCGAGCCGGAUCUGGACUCCAUUGGCUGCCUAAUCGUCGACGAGGUCCACGAACGCGACGUGUACACCGACUUUCUCCUGCUCCUGAUCCGCGCCGCCAUGCUGAAGGGCCACAUGAAGCAUUUGAAGAUCGUUUUAAUGUCUGCUACAUUAAAAGCUGAUGAUUUCGCACGGUAUUUCGAGAAGGUGAACGGAGAGAAUGCACUGAAGCCCGUGCACAUUCCGGGUCGGAUGUUCACCGUGUACGACUACUAUUGGGAAGACGCGUGCAACUGGCUCGGGUUUUGCCCUCCGGCGAAGGGCAAAGGGAAGGGCAAGAAGGGCAAGGGGAAGGGAAAAAACAAAGGGAAGGACAGCCGGGACGACGGCACCAACGAGUACGGGGCCAGCGAGGGCGCUUUAACCGACGCGUACGAACGCAUUGAGCGCGACGAGACGCUGGCAAUCCCGCGGCCGGACCGGGUGUACGAAUACAGCCAGAAGACGCUGUCCGCCUGCGCAUUGUGGAGGGAGAAAGAAGUCUACGUAGAUUUGAUCAUCGACCUGAUCAUGUAUUUCCACGAGAACGAGCCGAAGGGCAGCGGCGCGAUUUUGGUCUUCCUGCCCGGGUGGGGCGACAUCGCGAAGAUUUUCCUGCAGUUACACGCCAAAAACCAGAAAUUCAAGUUGAUCACGUUGCACAGUUUGAUGACCCCAGAGCAGCAGCACGAGGCGUUUGAGCCCGCGCCCAAGGGGUACCGAAAGAUUGUACUGUCCACCAACAUCGCAGAAGCCAGUGUAACGAUUGACGACAUUGUGUACGUGAUCGACUCCGGGGUCCGGAAGGAACGAAACUACAACCCGGACACGUCAGUGUCGUCGUUGGACACCACCAUGGUCACCCGGGCAAACGCAAUUCAGCGACGCGGUCGCGCCGGGCGUGUGCAGGAGGGCAUGGUAUAUAAAUUUUGGCUCCAGUCUGGUUGGUCUGAUCGAAGAAUAAAGCAGCUUGAUGUCGUUUUGUGUUCAUCUUCUGACCGCGCGUUGCCCUCCUGCUCUCUGUAGUUCCACUUGCAGCUCCUUGAAUACGAUGCCUUGUUGUAAAUUUUUUUCUACUUACAUUACUGUCAGGUGGUCCACUUGUUCCCGAGUUACAAGUUCAAGGCCUUCGAGGAAUUUCCAACCCCUGCGAUGCUGACCAGCAGUAUGGAGGAGGUCAUUCUCCAGUCGAAAGUGAUUUUCGGUGGCACUAAUGAAGACAUCGGGAAGAUGCUGACGUCCAGUAUGGCCCAGCCCUCCUCGAGCGCUAUCAAGGAGGCCAUCUACGUGCUGAAGAACAUGAACUGCCUUACCCGGGAGGGAGAACUGACCGGACUGGGCCGCGCGGUUGCCGCCAUUCCGAUCGCGCCGAUCCAGGCCAAAAUGCUCCUUCUAGGUGCGGCCUUCCGCUGUUUGAGGUAUUCCGCGGUGGCGGCCGCCUUUCUGGCAGUGAAGAACCCCUUCCAGACGCAGCCGGGAACAGGCUCCCGUGACGCGGGGAAGGACUACUUUAAGCACGAGGGGUCGGACCACGUCACGACCAUCCAUGCGUACUAUGGGUGGCGACAGGCGGUAUUCAUCAAUGCGGCUUUUGAUCUGCCGUUGUCCGCAUUUUCAUUUUCAACACCUUUUCCUUUACUUAUCGAUAUCGCCGCCUCCCUGUGGAAUUGCUACGACUUGCAGCUUCGCCGAAUUUUUUCACCUCUAUGUAUGAGAUCAUGAUGAUGAUCAUGAUGUACAAUAAGCCUAAAUCAAAUCCCAAUCCGCAGGUCAAGAGUGGCACUGGCGAUGAGUUCUGCGAGCAGAAGGGGUUGUCACCUGAGGUGUUAGACAUGGCACACAUGAUGAUCAAUCAGUUUUUGAACUUCAUGCUGGAUUCCAACUACAACGGCUCCGAUGUCAAUGAAGACGGGGACAUAAUGGACAUGCAACCGUUCAAGAAGGUACUUAAGGUUAAGUACUAUGAUCUGUGCCACCGACGCUCCAAGUUUCGGCUCAGUGUGAUCAGCGAACAUGUCCUGUAGUUUCAUCAAGUCUCGUCAUUCACUGAGCCGCAUCUGCAAACGAAAAUUACCGGCUACUGUCACAUCGUCUCCAAAAGGAAAAGGUGCCUUUCUACUCGUCAUCCUUUCAACAAAACCUCAAACCUCAGAACUCCCCUGAGCACCACGCCUUCAACUGUGCCGUCACCGGCGGUUUCUGGCCGAACGGGUGUGCGCUGUACAACAACGGGCGGGGUCCGGCCAUUUGGUACACUAUGGGUGGCGACUCCGUGUCCGCGUUUCGUGGGUCCGUGAACUCGGAUUACGUGAUGGCGAGCGGGACGCAAGACGGCGAGGGCUGGAUGAUGUAUUCCGACAGCAUGAAGAUGGGGCCGCACAACAGCAUCAUGGACAGCUCCUUCGUGUCCGCGAACCACGCGCUGCUGUUCGCCAACGUCGUAUUCGUCGACCGGGUAUGAAUUGCAAAAAUGUCUGGGUCUGGGAGAUUGCGAGAUUAGUCAUGCUAGUCUGGCAUGACUCUGAGCUCUGUGUUGCAUGGCCGCGAAGAGCUCCUCCCCCCCGUCAUGCAAAAACGCAGUUUGUCAUGCGGAGUAGGCAACUCAGAACCAUGAAAAAAACUUGCCAUGCUUGGCAGCGCAUCAUCGUGAGUUCACUGUUCUCUUUCUUGCAUCACAAGUUUCCAGACCCAGACAUAUUUGCCAGGCACACCGGGUGACCAAAGUCGUCCGAUUCGACAAGUGGAAGGCGAACAUCGACCAUCUGCAGUCCAUGGACGAGGUUUUGAAACUGAGGAGAGAGAUCAUGCCGGCCUUCCACGAGUGCAUUCGGGGACGAGACUUGAGCAGCUUCCCCGAGGAACUGACGGCGCGCAUGAUCAAGUUCGUCUCCGGGCCCGUCGUGAAGCUGCAGAACAUCGACAUUACGAAAAGCAAUGUCCGGCACGACGUCCCGAAGGAGCAGCUGGACCAGCUCUCCGUGUUCGACUGGCCCGAGGACGAAGGCCCAGCGGACGACGACGACGAGGACGAACCCAUGGAAGGGUGA